GAAGCUGGCUGGUGUGUCAGUGCCGUGACGCGUGACCAGUCAGUCUAUUACUGUACUUCCAAAAGCUCACUCCUGCUCUGAGGUUCCCCGUUGAGACAGAAAUGAACCUGCCGUCCAGAGAAGAGUGUGAGGGGUGGGACCAGGCGCAAGUGGCCCUCUUUAUGUGCAAGAACAAAAUGCAAGAAUGCGCCAGCACUGUAAAAAGACUGAGAAUUAAUGGACAAAGACUUCUGAACCUGUCUGACAGUGACAUGAGCAAGUUUAGUCUCAUCCACCAACCGCAGCUUCAGAAGAUCGUUCAAGACAUCAAGAAAAACGAUGGCAGCUUACUGAAUAAACUAAGAAGACUGAAAAGCAAACCACUUCCAAAGGUACCUGCGCGAGAUUAUAGAGACCAUGACAGGGACAGUGAUGAUCAACUGUCUGAACCUGAUUAUGAUAAUGACACGUAUGAGGAUCCACAUGAAAACCAGGAUGACAGCUAUGAGCCUCCACCCAGCCACAGAGCCCUCCCCACAACUCCCUCUGCUUCCAUCCCAAGGGGGGAGUACCUCGACAGCUGCCGUAACCGUCCCAGCCGGCCACCCAGGAAGCCCCUCCGCCCAGCCAAAGCCUCCAGACAACUUCCCCCUGAGCCCACCCACAUGGGGACCGACGAAGAAGACUAUGUCAGUCCAGACGGCAGCAAUGAUGACGACAACUACGUAGAGCCUGCAGAGAAUCCACCUGCCAAUCAUAAGAUGCAUGUUGGGAGCAGAGCGGGGAGGGACAGACACAUGUUGCCUACACCCUUACCAGAACGCUCACCCAGUCCCGAUUUUUAUGAAGUUCCCGACAAAGAGGAGAGCUCAUUAUCUCCUCUAACAAGCAGGCUGUGUCCAAUCCCCACAACACAGUCACACUCUUUACCUCCGAUACCCAGCCCCAGAGUGAAUAUGAGGAGAUCUCCCACUCCUGUCCAGGAGCCCACAGGUGACGACGAAUACGAAGUUUGCGAUCCAGAUGAUAGUUCCCGUCCUAAACCUGCAGAGGGUCCUCCUCCGCUUCUACCCAAACCUUUGCCCAGAGAGAGGUCACCAAAACCCCCUCUAAGGCCGAAGCCAGAAUCAAAGCCAAGGGAAUUUGAAAGCCAAACGCUGCCUGUGAUGCAAACUGACCACAAAGUUCCUCCCAAAGCUUUUACACUGGACUUGAAACGACCAAAGAUUCCUAUUCCCCAGUUUACCUCCCUCAGACCAACUGACAGACAACGUGUUUCUGCUGAUAAUGGACCACUAGACGGAGAUAAGGAUGCAGAUGUCUAUAACAAGCCCUGGUAUGCCAGCGCAUGUGACCGCAAGACUGCUGAUGACGCUUUGCUUCGCUCAAAUAAAGACGGGGCGUUUAUGGUGAGGAAGAGCUCGGGCCAAGACGUACAUCAGCCCUACACUUUAGUGGUGUUUUACAAGGGCAGAGUGUACAACAUACCAAUCCGCUUCAUACCAAACACUCAGCAGUAUGCACUGGGAAGACAGAAGAGAGGAGAGGAGUACUUCACCAGCAUCUGCCACAUCAUUGAGAACCACCAGAGGACUCCUCUGGUGCUGAUUGACAGCCAGAGUUACACCAAGGAUGCCACCAAGCUGUGCUACCCCAUGAAGCCUUAGACGAGCUGGUGAACAGCCGAGCGACGGGGCUCGUGCGUACGGACCUGCUGUGUUUACUGUCAAGAGUGUUUACAGAACUGAUCACGUGAUGCUUUUCUCCUCCCGCACUGUUAAUUCGAGGUGCUGCUCACAGGACUGUACGCCGGACUUGCCUGCACUGCUGGCCAUGCAGAGCUCAAGUAGCACUGACUCAGACGACUUUUUAACUCAUGUUUUAUUAAGAUUUUUUUAAUGCUUGUCAGUAAAAAGUGUAUUCAAAUUAAUGCAAGGAAGAAGACAGUGUUGCUGUAGCAGAGAGAAGCAGGUAGACAAAUAAUCCAGCAAUGACAGCAGUACUUUAGAGCAAAAAAACACAAAGUUGUAUAUUUUGUUUUAAUAAAACUCUUUUCUUGUGUUUCAUCA